AUCUCUGCUUUCUAUUCCGAACGAAAACCUCUGUUUAGCUUCCGUUUUACAGCUCCCAAUUUCUAUGCCUUUCUAUGCCCUGUUUUACCCUCCCAAUUGGUUUCUUUAUCACUGUAGACCGUGUAGUGGUGAUAGUAAAAUAAAGUACAAAAAAGAAAAAUUGUGUUUUCCGUUGGCUUUUAGGUUGUGAAUUGUGAAUAGAUGCCGUCAACGAUGGGAUUAGGUUUCAUGGUCGGCGUUUUGGGGGUGCUAUUCCUCUUCCACGCAGCUUAUUCCACAAUUCAGUAUAGGGGGCUGUUGAAAUAUUGGAGGAGAAGUUUUCCGGUCCGCCCAUGAACCAAUCACAUAUCGGUGGAGCAAAUGAAAAUGUCUGAAGAUCGGUUAUUGGAAUGCAAUAUCCGGAAUAUGCAUGCUCCUCCAUCACCGUUAGUAGAGAACUACCUGCGGGAAACGGGUUUUUGGCAUGUGGCGACGGUAGGCCAGGGAUGCAAGUUGGACCCGAAACUGAUCAGUGCAUUGAUCGAGAGGUGGAGACCCGAGACGCACACAUUCCAUCUUCCAUGUGGAGAGUGCACUAUCACUUUAAAAGAUGUCCAUUUGCAAUUGCGAUUGCCGGUGGAUGGGCACCCAGUCACCGGGUCUGCCCAAUCUAGUAAUUGGGAGGCGGUGUGCUACGAGCUUUUGGGUACUGUUCCGGAUAAAAUGGAUGGAGGUAAGGUGGAGAUGGGCUGGUUACGUGCCACCUUCCCCGAUCUGAAUGCAAAUUCAACCGAAAUUGAAAGAAUCCGAUAUGCUCGAUCAUACAUUCUUCAAAUAAUUAGAGGUUAUCUGGUGCCCGACAUGUCACGGAGCCGUGUACAUCUAAGGUGGCUGCUAAAACUCGUUGAUUUUAGAGGAGCAGGUGAAUUUAGUUGGGGGUCUGCCGUCUUGGCAACAUUAUAUCGGGAGAUGUGCGGGGCGAUGCGACCGAGGAGAGCAAACAUUGGAGGUUGCGUGACACUAUUGCAAUCAUGAGCACGGUUUCGCUUUCCAUUUCUACGUCCUCGAGUGAACCACCCAUAUACAUUCCCGCUCGUAAUGAGGUGGAACCAUCUGGCAAGUUAUCGUGGAUUACCGUCUGAACUUGAAGAUAUACGGCUUCUAUUGGAGCAACGGUCGGAAGCAGAAUUUCAAUGGACACCAUACGAGGAUCCGACAAUUCGGGCAGUAAUCCCGGAAGAGUUUUUACAAAAUCCGAACGCUUGGCACGCGAAAGUGGUGUUGAUCAACUAUGCAACCGUGGAGCCCCACCAGACAGACAGAGUCCUACGUCAGUUUGGAUGUAGACAACCGAUUCCUGCGGACCCUGAGGUGUUUGAUGAUCACCACAAAAUCAACCUUCGGCUAUUAGGAACAAAUAUCAUUCCGGAGUUAGCGUGCGUUCCAGAAUACAUGCCAUGGUUUAAGAUCCAUGGCAAGCCGUAUUUACUUGCGCCAGAGGAGAGGCAGCGGCAAAUACGUGUCGGAAGGGAAAGGCGAGAGCCUCUAAAUCCAAGGCGACAAGACUUCAAAGGCAGCCCCUCAACGAGGCCCAGACAUUCACCCGGCUCAUCAUCAGCGGCCAUGCAAUCACUGUCCCCAAUGAGAGCACCGACGCAGUCACCUGACGCAACAAUUCAACAGAUGAUACCCAUGCAAUCGCCUUUCCCUAUGAUGCCAGGUGUGUUUCCUAGCCCUUAUAUGUACCCUAACCCUUACAUGUAUCCUUUUCCGAAUCCUAUGGCAGGUUGGAGCCAAAUGCCCGGAUCAGCUCCAUUUCCUGUUAUACCGAGCGGACCACCGAUAUCUAGGCCAGUGGUGCAGGAGGGGUAUCAAGGGGGGCUGUCGGGGAGCUCUCCUUUUUAACAAUCGCCAGCAACGUAUGGCUUUCAAACACCGUCACCGUUCAUGAUGCAAACACCUCCACAUACACUAUUCUUUGAAGGUGGAUCAUCGUCCCAAGUCCAACAACCAGAUGCCGAACCGGAAGAACAACAAUCACCACCGGAGGAAGAACAACCGCCGCCGGAAGCAAGAGGAAGGAGGAACCCAGUACGUAACCGUCGACGGCCGCCAUGUGGAACCGAAUCCCCCGGGCAUAGACAUUGAUUACCGUAUUAAAAUUUAUUAUUUGAUGUAAUGAAAUAGAAGUUUAUUUGAUGUA